UCGUGGCAAGCAAAGCAGGCAUUCGGCUCAUUUCGUCGGCUACGAAACGUGACGUUUCGGGUGUUACAAAGGUAGCAAUGUGUCCUGCAGAACGUUUCAAGAAUCACGUUACCAACAGCAAGAUUGCCGUCGUCUGAUGCGUAUGCUGCAGUGUCGAGCUAAUCAGCCGUGUCCCCGUGGCUUGCAAGGUGGGACUCCAUUCAUUCGUUGACCGGCUGGAACCUCGAUAAAGGCACCAUGUGCUAGCGGUAAACAUGAAACUGCAAGCGAAUGGCGCGCCAAAAAACGGCCAACCCCUGCAGCACCCACCACAUUACUACCCUGAACUGCCGACAGAGGUUGAAGAGCGACUGGAGAAGCUGUUCAGAAAGUUGGACGUCAACGAAGAUGGUCGAAUUGACAUAAACGAUCUUACCGCCGGCUUGCGCAAACUAGGACUGCCGCAUUCACCUGGGAGUGUAGAGAGGUUCAUAACGGUGUCAGACACUGGGAAGGAUGGCACUGUGGAUUUUGCAGAGUUCGUACACUACAUAAUUGAACACGAAAAGAAUUUGAUGGUGGUUUUUAAAAGCCUUGAUGCAAAUAGUGAUGGCUCACUGGAUGCAAAUGAGAUCAGGACAUCGUUCCAGAAACUUGGAAUUCAAAUUGAAACUGAUGAAGCCAUGCGACUCCUCAAGCGAAUGGACAAGGACGGCUCUCUGACCAUUAGCUUUGAAGAAUGGCGUGACUACCUGCUUUUUCACCCUAGCUCAGAAAUUCAUGAUAUAAUUCAUCACUGGAGACAUGCUACAUUUGUGGAUCUUGGGGAAGACUCGUUGGUACCAGACGACUUCACAGAGGAAGAGAUACACACAGGCAUGUGGUGGCGUCAUUUGGUUGCUGGGGGAGUUGCUGGUGCAGUGUCUAGAACAUGUACUGCCCCUCUGGACCGCCUCAAAGUUUUCCUCCAGGUUCGAGGCAGUGAGUUCCAAUCUAUCCAGCAGUGUUUGCGGCACAUGUUGCAAGAAGGAGGGAUACCGUCACUAUGGCGUGGCAACGGCAUCAAUGUUAUCAAGAUAGCUCCUGAAAGUGCACUCAAGUUUCUUGCCUAUGAAAAGGCAAAGCGGCUUAUCAAGGGCGACUCAAAUCGUGAUUUGGGUAUCUUCGAACGUUUUUUUGCGGGUUCCCUUGCUGGCAGCAUCGCCCAAACAAGUAUCUACCCUAUGGAGGUGCUGAAAACUCGUUUGGCAUUACGCAAAACUGGCCAAUACAAAGGAAUAGUAGACGCAGCCUACCAAAUCUACCGGAAAGAAGGCUUGCGUAGCUUCUACAAGGGCUACUUACCAAACCUCCUCGGCAUCAUUCCCUAUGCUGGCAUUGACCUGGCCAUCUAUGAGACACUCAAGAAGCUGUACUUGAGCCGGCAUGACCUGACAGAUGAUCCUGGCAUCCUUGUGCUUCUAGGCUGUGGCACUGUGAGCAGCUCCUGUGGGCAAAUUGCCAGUUAUCCAUUGGCCCUUGUAAGGACAAGGCUGCAAGCACAAGAUGGAAAACACGAGCGAACCUCCAUGAUUGGACUCAUCAAAGGCAUCGUCCGCACUGAAGGCUUCAGUGGCCUUUAUCGUGGCAUCACUCCAAACUUCAUGAAAGUGGCUCCUGCAGUCAGCAUUAGCUAUGUUGUUUAUGAACAUUCGCGUAGAGCCUUGGGUGUCACCAUGACAUGAGAACUUGUUUUUUAAUUUAGAUAUAUCUCGAAGUAGCUUUUUUUUUUAAUAAGUUUUGCUGCCUAUUUGCUUAGAACAGAGUUGUCUGUGCUUUGAAGUGCAGCUAUCUUACUAGUGGAAAGCAUGUGCUGCCUUUCAUGCAGGUUUUAUUUUAUUUGUACAUUGUGACUUGUUAUCUAUUAGUGGCUGUAUGCUUUUCUGUAGACCACCCAAUUACAUUACUCUGUCGCACAUAGGGUGGCUUUUGUGGCAAUUGAAAAUUUCCACUGUGAUCAUGCAUCUGAUGCGACCGAGGAGCAGGGCAUCAGAUGCAAAGAAUCCGUUCGAGGCUUCUUGAGGACCGAGAACAUACAAUUUAAUUACAUAUUUACAGGUGGUCAAUAGACUAGGCGUCGAGAUGCGCCUUUACACAAGACACGACCGGUUGAAACGAAGGUCAGAGCGAGAGCCCCCAUCGCACACGCAACACUCCUUUUAUAUCCCCAAGUCUGUGCACGUGUUUCUUGUCAAAUGCCGGCUGCGUGUCCCAGCGACGCCGAUGAGCAUUUUGUGCAGUGCAUGUGGACGCCUCUUGCAUUUCUGCUGGACGCCGACCGUGUUCGGACAGUACGCCGAUGAGAGUCUCUUGCAGGUCGUAUCCUUGCACUGCCAGUCAUAACAGCCCGUCCGCCGCCCGAAGAGGUCACGUAAGGGCUUCAGUGUCACUGCUCUCUGAAGUGGCCAUAGUACGUCUCCUUGGUUGUUGCACUCACUGUCCGCCACAACUCAGAGCCGCACGCCACACGGGGUCUUACGGUAGGCAUACCGACACAUUUUGGUGUCGCAGUCACUCACAGCGCACAACACACACUUCAUCACAGCAGGUGACAUCCACAGCUGCAGAGGCCUGGGCACCACUGCUUGGUUGUUUUCUGGUUGGCCAUGGCAUGAAGGGAUGCACUCAACCUAAUAUUAAGGCUGAGAACCCCCAACUCUGUCGAGAAUCACCAGAGGUCAACUCACUUCAAGACUUCUUUUUCAACUUUUUGCACAACGGAAGGCUACACUGUGGUGGUGACCAGUUAACUUGACGUUUAAG